CAUCUGCACUAUACAGCUAAUAAUACCGCCAAGAGCGGAAUAAAGGCCGCUGACUUUCGUCAGUUGCAGCACACUUCUUGCCAGGGAGAAGACGUGAAGGGCUGCUGUGACUCGUCCUACAAACUGCUCUUUUUUUCUUGAUUAGUAUUUUACUACCACUACGAACUGUAGUCAUGAAGGGAGCAUUGUUGUGCAUCCUAGUUCUCCUGGCUCUGGCAGCCAUCAGCUCCGCACAGCGUGGCCGCGGAGGUGGCAGGGGCCGCGGCGGAGGCAGUUCGUCGCCCGGUGGACGACCGGGGACAGGAGGAGGAGGUGGAAGGCCGGGAACAGGUGGAGGUGGAAAAGGACGCGGCAGCGGCUCUCCUGGUCGCGGCGGCGGCUCUCCUGGUCGCGGCGGCGAUAGGGAUAAUGAUGAUGACGGUGAUAAUGAGAACGGUGGUGGUGGUCAAGGCGGUGCACCAGCUAGAAGCCAGCCUGCUGAAGGACAGGGAGAUAAUGACAACAGUGAUCGACGGGAUGGUGGACGACCAGGUGGUAAGGGGCCUCAGCGUGGUGGUGGACGACAGGGAGGUGAAGGCCCACAGCGUGGUGGCGGGCGACCAGGCGGUGCUGGGCCACAGCAGGCUGGUGGCCGACCAGGCGGCAAACCAGACCCACAACGACGACCGGGAAGUGCAGGCCCACAACGCGGAGAAGGACGACCAAGCGGCAAAGGCCCACAGCGAGGUGGCGGACGACCAGGAGGUGCAGGGCCACAGCAGGGUGGAGGACGACGAGGUGGUCGCCCCGGAGGCAAUAACAACUCACCAAGGCCUAACCCACUAGCUAGAGCACUGAAUUGCCCUGUCAACCCUGCACCAAUGGCAAUGGUUGAUCACAGUGCCGUAUCCAUUCAAGAUAUCCGCAGCUGCAUCCAGGAAGCCUUUAGAGCAGCUGGUCCAGGUGGUCCAGGUGGUUCAGGUGGUUCAGGUGGCCCAGGUGGCCCAGGUGGUUCAGGCGGCCCCCAAGGUGGAUCCGGACAAGAAGGUCCAGGACAACAGGGCCCAGGUCAGGAUGGACCUGGCAUGGCAGGACCCGGAGCGGGCGGGCCGCCAGCUGGUGGUCCUCCAGACGGCCAGGGUUCAGGUACUGACGGACCUAUGGGAAGUGGUGCCGACGAAGAAAAUGUGUGCAGCCUGGUGCGUCAAUUAUGCUGCAGCUUCCAGCGAAUCUGCCUCAAUAUUUCGCGAUCCCUGCGCCCCUUGUAAGAUCAAAUCAGGGCUGAGUGACCUCCUGAAGGACCUUACUGACUAUUUACUUCCACCAAUAGCAUUAUGUCUUUAGCGUCUGUUGCAAAACUUCCAUCUCUACGUUGAUUCCUCGACAUAUUUUCCUUUUAAACAUUGCUGACUGCCUUCCGCUAUCCUGCGCACAUUCUGUACGAAGUAUCGCCACAACAUACUUUUUAAAUUUGAACUAAAAAUAAACUUCAACUUAGCUGCUGUGGCCACCGCUGGCUGGGGUCUGCGGAUAGGUGAGAAUGUUAUUAUAUUUUUGGAAAUGAUUUUUCAUCUACAUGUAGAAUCUAAAAUUGCAAUAAAAGAACAAAUUCCG